CGGCGGCGGCGGCGGCGGCGGCGGCGGGGCCUGCGGGGCCUGCAGGGGGGCUGGCCGGACCCGGCCAGGCCGCGAUGGCGACCAAGAAGGCGGGCUCGCGGCUGGAGACGGAGAUCGAGCGCUGCCGCUCCGAGUGCCAGUGGGAGCGGAUCCCCGAGCUCGUCAAGCAGCUGUCGGCCAAGCUCAUCGCCAACGAUGACAUGGCAGAACUCCUCCUUGGGGAAUCAAAGCUGGAGCAGUACCUGAAGGAGCACCCCCUGCGGCAGGGGGCCAGUCCCCGAGGCCCCAGGCCCCAGAUGACUGAGGUCCGCAAGCAUCUGACCGCUGCCCUGGACCGAGGGAACCUCAAGUCAGAAUUCCUACAAGAGUCCAAUCUGAUCAUGGCCAAGUUGGAUUAUGUUGAAGGAGACUAUGAAGCCGCUCUCAACAUUUAUGCCCGGGUGCGCCUGGAAGACUGGCCGCUGACGGGCGUCCCCCCUUACAGGUUGCGGAUGGCCGCGGACGCCUACGCCACCAAAGGACUUUGUUUAGAGAAGUUGCCUAUUUCUUCUUCUACCAGUAAUCUCCAUGUGGAUCGGGAACAGGAUGUCAUCACGUGUUAUGAGAAGGCAGGGGACAUUGCACUCCUGUACCUCCAAGAGAUAGAAAGGGUAAUACUUUCUAAUAUUCAAAACAGAAGUCCUAAGCCUGGCUCUGCUCCCCACGAUCAAGAACUAGGUUUUUUCCUAGAAACAGGACUACAGAGAGCCCAUGUCCUCUAUUUCAAAAAUGGGAACUUGACGCGAGGAGUCGGGAGAUUUAGAGAGAUCCUCAGAGCAGUGGAAACGAGAACAACCCAGAACCUGCGAAUGACAAUAGCCAGGCAGCUGGCGGAGAUCUUGUUGCGGGGUAUGUGUGAGCAGAGCUACUGGAACCCUCUGGAGAAUCCACCAUGCCAGUCACCUCUGGACGAUCCUCUCCGGAAAGGAGCAAACACAAAAACCUACACCCUCACGCGGAAAGCCCGUGUCUACUCAGGAGAGAACAUUUUUUGUCCUCAAGAAAAUACUGAAGAAGCCCUGUUGUUAUUGCUGAUUAGUGAAUCAAUGGCCAACCGGGACGCUGUGCUGAGCAGGAUACCUGAGCACAGGAGCGACCGUCUCAUCAGUUUACAGAGUGCAUCUGUGGUCUAUGAUUUACUGACCAUCGCUCUUGGAAGAAGAGGCCAGUAUGAGAUGCUGUCAGAGUGCUUAGAAAGAGCCAUGAAGUUUGCCUUUGAGGAGUUCCACCUCUGGUACCAGUUUGCUCUGUCACUCAUGGCUGCUGGAAAAUCUGCUCGCGCGGUGAAGGUGCUGAAAGAGUGCAUCCGCCUGAAGCCGGACGACGCCACCAUCCCACUUCUGGCCGCAAAGCUGUGCAUGGGCUCCCUUCACUGGUUGGAAGAGGCUGAGGAGUUUGCCAAAACCGUCGUUGAUGCGGGAGAGAAAACGUCAGAGUUCAAGGCCAAAGGCUACUUGGCCCUGGGGCUUACGUACAGUCUGCAGGCCACUGACGCUUCUUUGCGAGGGAUGCAGGAGGUCCUACAGAGAAAGGCGCUUCUUGCAUUUCAGAGGGCCCACAGCCUGUCACCUACAGAUCACCAAGCAGCUUUCUACCUGGCUCUGCAGCUUGCCAUCUCCAGACAGAUACCAGAGGCUCUGGGGUAUGUCCGCCAAGCUCUUCAACUUCAAGGCGAUGAUGCCAACUCCCUGCACCUCCUUGCCCUCCUGUUGUCAGCACAAAAGCAUUACCAUGAUUCUCUGAAUAUCAUUGACAUGGCCCUGAGUGAAUAUCCAGAAAAUUUUAUACUACUGUUUUCCAAAGUGAAGUUGGAGUCGCUGUGCCGGGGCCCGGAUGAGGCGCUCCUCACUUGUAAGCACAUGCUACAGAUUUGGAAAUCCUGCUACAAUCUUACCAAUCCCAGUGAUUCUGGACGUGGGAGCAGCCUCUUAGAUAGAACCAUUGCUGACAGACGACAGCUUAAUACAAUUACUUUGCCAGACUUCAGCGAUCCCGAGACAGGCUCUGUCCACGCCACGUCGGUAGCAGCCUCCAGAGUGGAGCAGGCACUGUCGGAAGUGGCGUCGUCUCUGCAGAGCAGUGCCCCCAAGCAGGGCCCGCUACACCCCUGGAUGACGCUGGCGCAGAUCUGGCUCCACGCAGCUGAAGUCUACAUCGGCAUUGGGAAGCCGGCAGAAGCCACAGCCUGUACCCAAGAAGCUGCCAACCUCUUCCCGAUGUCCCACAACGUCCUGUACAUGCGAGGCCAGGUUGCCGAGCUCCGAGGAAACACCGAGGAGGCCCGGCGGUGGUACGAAGAGGCCUUAUCCAUAAGCCCCACCCACGUGAAAAGCAUGCAGCGGUUGGCCCUGAUCCUCCACCAGCUGGGCCGCUACAGUCUGGCCGAGAAGAUCCUCCGGGACGCAGUGCAGGUGAACUCCACGGCCCACGAGGUCUGGAACGGACUGGGUGAGGUCCUGCAAGCUCAGGGCAACGACGCGGCGGCCACUGAGUGCUUCCUGACGGCCUUGGAGCUGGAGGCCAGCAGCCCCGCGGUGCCCUUCACCAUCAUCCCCCGCGUGCUCUGAGCAGCGCCCCAGCCUCACUGCUGCCCAGGCCAAGGGGGCCCCGCCUGGGCGCUGAGGGUCGAGUGUGCGCACGAAGGCCCUGGAUGAAUGUGCGACUGACCACAGUGGACUAAACAAACCAACCCCUGGUCAUCGCUCUCUACGUGCAUUUCUGUUGUCGUUUCCGCCAGCCCAAUGAUAGUUUCUGAAUCUACUGACAUUGUUCAAAAUGGAUCAUGUGCCAUAUUUUGUUAGCUGACAUCUAAGUUUUAAGUAAAAUGAUCAUGGAGUUAAUCUGCAAAUGUAGAAAAAUAUAUUCAAAGUUAAAAUUCAGUGGCAGAACAGAUUAUUUUUAUCAGAGCUCUAAAGAAAACUGUUCUCUCCCCACCAUCACCACUCCUGCCCUACCCUUGGCCCAGAAACCAAAUGUGAAUUUUCUGUUUUCCGCCUCAGUACUCGUCCAAGCCAGGACACCAGCCGACAAUUUCUUGGUUUUGUUGUCAGUAAUUGUACCAUGUGAUAAAUUACUGCCCUCACUUAGAACAAAGCCUGAGUCCAAGAAUAUUUAUAUUUUACCAAUAUAGGCCUGUUACAAGAGAAGGAAAUAUGAGUUAUUUAAGUUUAACUUUUUUAUGUGAAUUCAGAGUUUAUUUAUCGAUGGAAAUAUGUACAAAGAAGCUUCAAAUGGAAUAUUUACCGACAUUCCUUAUACAUGACAGACACUUGGCUAAAUGGAAAGAUGAAGUUAAUAAUAAAAUGAUUUUUAAAUGGA